CCCCCGUCGACGUCAAUUUGUGGCUUGACCGGGGUGAGCCGGCCAACGCGGAUGCAACUUGGUUUUUUUGCUGAUGUUUUAGCUACCUGCCAAGCUGGUCAGCCAGUCGGGUGGCUUCACCUUUGUUGGGCUUGUGGCUGAGCCCAUUCCUGAAUUAUUACGGGCAGCGAUUUGUGGCGGGGCACAACUAGACGCAAUUCAACGUCACAAACAGCUGGCCACCAAUGGCUACUGUCCCACUGAGUAACAAGACAACUAGCGGCGGCGAUGGAUGACUUUUCCGAUGAUGGCUUUGACGACCUGCCCGAUAAUGCUCUCCAGGAACUGGAAAACACGGCCAUCCAGUUCACUCAAGCUCAGACGCAGAUCCAACAGGCUACCCAACCGAAAGAGGUGUUUGAUUUAGAUUUUGAGGAUGAUGACCUUGACGACACCGUAGUUUUUGACGAACUUGCCCAGCAUCCCGCUAAACCGCCCCAACUACCACAAGGUCGCGUUGCCCCAGCUGUAACCCAGUCUCGGCAACAAUGGAAUGCGGCCCCUGUGGCGCAUUCACACACUGCUCUUUCGAACCGACCAAGGUAUCCGAAUUCCUCGCAGACUGGUGCAAUAGCUUAUGGCCAACAGGGACCUCCUAGCAGCGCCCGGCCUCCCGCCACCUUUCAACGACCUCCUUCCCGUGCUGUUCCUCCACCCCGUCCCGCACAUCCAACUACAGGGCGCCAUCAACAACAUGCCGUAUUCACGGGCCAACCAAGUCAGUUCACGGGACCCCAACCGACUGGUGGCGCUCCGAACGAGAUCAUCGCUGCACUUCAAGCGCGCGUGAAUGCACUGCAGAAGGACCUUACGACUACCAAAGGAGAGUCGGCGCUGCUGCGAAAUAAACUCCAGGAUGCCCAGGCUGCGCAUGAGGCUGAUUUGCAGCGGCUUCGCAAGCUGAAUGCAGAGCAGCUUGCCAAGCAGGAGCGUAUCGCCGAACAGGCUCUGGCGGCGGAGAAGACGGCAGCAACUGAGCUUCAGUUUGUCCAGCAGGACUUGAAAGACGGGAACAGGCAUAGAAAAGGGAAGAAACAGGAUAAAGAAAAGGACGGUAAUCGUGAUGUCGGGUCAACAACCCCGAAAAAGGGUGCUGGUGCCCGCACAAACUGGGGCGUGGCAGAUGGUUUUGACGAUAUGGAGCUGGUGCCCAGUCCAAGUAAGGGGGCAGCGAGAAGGUCCAGAGACCCUGCCGCCAUCCAGCCACCAAUAUUGUCCCAGGUUGAGAGGACGCCAACCAAAGGCAAACGGAAACGACCGGCGGUUGACAGUCCAUUACUCGAAUUGGAGACAGAUGAUGUUGUCAUGUUGGAUGGGCACCCAUCUGUUAGAGGCCCAUCUGCUGCUCCUCUCAACUUCCGGCCCACAGCACUUCCAUUUGAUUUCCUAACACUUGUCCUAGAUCAUGGUGCUGUCCACGGCCAACCCUUGACCUUCGAUCUGUUUGCGCGGUACUCCUUCCCAUCCGACCAGUCACAGACGUUUGCAUCUAUGAUCUUCUCAAAGCUUCCACUACUGGGAAAUCCAAUCGAACCUGUUCGCCUGCUCAUUGACUUUGGUCAUCUGCUCAUAGAGCUAUGGUCACAAUGCUUACAUGAAAAGUACUAUGAGCCUAUAUAUGACCUCGUGGCGCUUCUUUCUUUUACAUUACAGCUACAGACGACGUCUGUUGCGCCCCACAUCAUAUCCUACCUCUUACCUAUUUCACAAGCAACCAUACACUUGCUUGCAAUCCCCCUUUUUGAGAGCCCGGAGGGAGAUCUAUCUAAUAGCCAGGAUCCUGCCAUUGAACGAUUGCUUGUGAACAUCGAUACCACAAGCGUCCUCGGGGUAAUGUAUUUGACAGCCCUGGGAUGCCUAACUCCUUCGCCGAAAGACUCGAUAAACUCCCAGUCGCUGUCUGAAAGCCCCAAACCGUCGUUUAUACAGCAGUACUGGAGCAUGAUCCAGCCCGAGUUCGUUCUCACGAUGUUGUCUCCCAAACAAAAGCCCGAAGAUCUCCUCGGCAUGCUCAUUUUACUCCGUACAUCAUCCUUCUCGGCCUCCGUAGGUCCGCUCACUGACGAACCAAGCAAGAACGUCGACGUCGUGGCGCCAGUGCUCAUUGACCGCAUCAGCUACUUUCUCGCUGAACCACCUGCCAGAUGGGCGCCAGCACGCAGCCGACGGCAAUGCGAGGCUCGGCUGGCUGCACUGGAAACCCUUGUCAGCUUUUCGCGCAGUCCCUUUGGCCUUGCCAAGCUAGUUCAGAGCAAUAAUGCCAUCCCAAGGGUCGUUGCCGCGCUGAGCGGGGCCAUCGACCAGCUGUACGAUAUGGAUAUCCCAAGUGUUAUCCCAAAUUUAGAGGAGAUUGACGUACACAAGGACGAGAGACCAUCGCAAGUCGAUCCGGACGCCACGCAAGAUCAAGGACAACCUCAGGCUGCACCAAUCACGUCUACGUCAUCGGACACGAAGCAAGAGAACGAGAACACAGCCGAUAUAAAACCACCCGCUGCCCUGCUCCAUUCGCUCAUCGCAUUGUCUGUUUCGCUGCUCCAUAAGCUCGUCAUGACGGCGGCUACGGUCGACGAGAAUGUGGCAUCCAAGCUGGCGGCCUCGCAUGGUGGAGCUCAGCGGUACCUGCUUACCCUGGCACGACUUAACUUUGCAGAGGAGGAUCUGGUGCUCGAGGCUGGAAUCAGUGCAGAGACGGCGGAGUUGGCAAAUGAGCUACUGGAACUUGCCGUAACACCGGAUGAGGGUGAGGGUGUGAGGGAUGUUUUUGAAUUUGGUGAGAGUUAGUGCAAGUGCAGAGAAAGCUUGUGUUUCCUUUUUGAUGACCAAAUACAUGAGGGGCCCUGUUGUAACUGGUAGCUUUUGUCGCCCCAUGACCUGGGGGUUGCUGGAGAUUGUGUGUCUAGGGGACAUACAAAUUGGGGUAGUCCAGGUUAAUAACUGA